UGUUUACAUUUUUGAUCUCGAAAUUCGAAUUACAUUUCCGACUAUAGAUGUAAUACAGUUGUUAUACACAUUAACAUUUUUGUUUGUAAGGCCGGUUAUGUUAAAGUUAAACUAGAACUAGACCUAUAGUUUAUUGUUGGGUCAUUGUUGGAAUUUACAGGAAACUGUUUUGCCCAUGCUCCAUAGCCAUAAGACAAACACAACAUAACCUAACCGGGGAUUUUCUUGUAAUCAAGUUACAAGUAUAUUGAAAAAUAAUUUACAUAUAAUUCUUCUUUAACUUUGUUUUAGUUGAGGCUCGAUGGUCUCAUUAUCAAUUCUCAAACUAAAUAAAAUAAUAACAGUCACAAACAGUACCCACUUAUAAAUUUUCAGUCUUGAACUUUGCACUAUCUGUAAUUUAGAACAAUUAGAUAAAUGGAAUCCAUUCUGGAUGUUGCAAACUCAUUAACUCAUGAUGAACUUGUUGAAGUGACCAAAUCAUCUCUAUGUACUUUACUGGGCUGUGAUUCUCUCCUUGGUGAUUUGCCAUCAGAUAUAAUUACUGAAGAAAUAUUGCUCUUAACAGAGGUGGAACAUGGUCAGUGUAUAUCUCUAUAUGUUUCUAGAGAAAAUGAACCAAAACUGAAAGUUAUAGUACCACAGCAGGCCACUGUGAAGCAACUGAAGGCUUCAAUUGAAAGACACUUUGAAAUCUUUCAACGGCGAUGUGGUAACAAAGUAAAAAUUUCUUGGAAGUACAUUUGGAGGACCUACAAUCUUGACUUCAAUGGCAUUAUCCUUGAUGAUAACAAUAGUUGUAUUGAUAACUAUGGGAUAUGCAAUAAAGUAACAUUAAAUUUUAAAAAGAAACAGAAUAAAGAAAAACAUUAGCACUUGA